AUGGCCACCGAACCAGAGCAGCCGCUCAUUCUUGGUCGCAAUGGACAGAUCCAAGCUCCGGACAAUGUGCUGACAGCUAUGGUGCGCAGGCUCGAAGCUGCGACGAGCCGGCUAGAAGACAUCGCCAGCUCUGCCUACCCGAAUGGAGAGCCCGGCCCUGCAGGCGCUGCCAGUGGUGCACAAAGUCCCGGCCCAGCAGCCAAGUUGGCUACCGCAACGAAUGCGACACCGGCAGCGACACCCCCAGCCCCAAGCGUACCGCGGGUGAUAGAGGCAUGGGACGAGAUGGCCGACAAGGAGCUGAACACGUGGCUGGAGCUGAGCGGCAUGCUCGGAGAGGUCAUCGAGGGCCAGGCCAAGGCAGUGCAGCAGGCAUUCGCAGCCCAGCGACACUACCUCUUCAUUGCCAGCAAGGCGAAGAAGCCCGAUGACCGCACCCACAUGGAGCUGCUCAAGGACCUGCAGGCCAGCAUAGAGAAGACGGACGGCUUCAAGCUGCAGAACCGCGAGGCGGCACUGAAGGACCCGCUGACCAUGGUCGCUGACGGCGUGGGCUGUCUCGGCUGGGUCACCAUCCCCGGCAGCAGCGCGAAGCCCCACGAGUACAUCAAGGAGCUCUUCGGCGGCGCGCAGAUGUACGGCAACAAGGUGCUUAAGGAGUACCGCGACAAGCCAGAGAACAGGACUUUUGUCGACUGGGUGCGCGCAUACUACAAGCUCUUUGAAGCCCAGACCGAGUAUGCGAAGAAGAACUUCCCCAGCGGUGUCACAUGGAACCCCAACGGCAUCGAUGCGCGCGAAGCUGCCAAAGAGACCUCCGCUUCCGGCUCAUCCUCGUCCGCGAUCCCACCACCACCGCCUCCGCCCGCGGGAGGCAUCCCUCCACCACCUGGACCUCCCCCGCCGCCAGGCCCACCGCCGCCACCAGGUGCCGCCCCGGUCGCAAAGAAGGCGGCGCCAGACAUGAACGCCGUCUUUGACGACCUCAACAAGGGCUCCGACGUUACGAGGGGUCUCAAGAAGGUCGACGCCAGCCAGAUGACCCACAAGAACCCCUCGCUGCGCGCAACUGCGCCAGUGCCCACACGCAGCGACAGCGACGGCUCACUCAGGGGUAAGAGCCCUGCACCCGGCAAGAAGCCCAAGCCCGAGAGCAUGCGGACUAAGAAGCCGCCGCGCAAGGAGCUGGACGGCAACCGCUGGAUCAUCGAAAACUACGACAGCGAGAGCGCCCUCGUAGAAAUCGACGCCGAGCUCAACCAGACCAUUCUCAUCUCGCGCUGCAAAAACACAACCAUCCAGAUCCACGGCAAGACCAACGCCAUCUCCGUCGACAACAGCUCUCGCACCAGCCUCAUUGUCGACAGCCUCGUCAGCUCCGUCGAUGUCAUCAAGUGCCCCAACUUCGCCAUCCAGGUCAUUGGUACGCUGCCGACUAUCCUGCUCGACCAAGUCGAUGGCGCAACAAUCUUCCUGUCGCAGGAAUCGCUCAACACGGAAAUCUUCACGAGCAAGUGCUCCAGUGUCAACAUCAACGUGCCGACUGAGGAUGAUUCUGUGGAGAAUGCCAUCCCUGAGCAGAUAAGGAGUUAUAUCAAGAACGGCAAGGUUGUUAGCGAGAUUGUGGAGCAUGCUGGGUAG